CUACCAACUGACCAAAGUGGUCGGGAAAUUAGACCAACAUCGGGAUUCAAGAAUACAAAUUCACAGUACGUCAUACUCGUUUCUCAUGGACUGCAACAAGUUUGAAGGAUCCCAGAAACUUAACAACUUAGCUGAACAGCUCCGUUUAUACAAACCUCCAACUAAUUAUAGUACCAACAACAAAAUCACAAAUCCUAUUGAAGAUGAUAAAAUUAGUAAUGCCAGCCAACAUGAAAAUGUCAAAUCCAAUAAUAGAGCUGCAGUCCUGAUCUGCCUGUUUGAAGGGAUUGAUGGAGAUGUCCGUGUUAUCCUCACCAAAAGAUCUUCAACGCUGUCCUCCCAUUCAGGGGAAGUAGCAUUGCCAGGUGGAAAAGUUGAGGAAGGCGAUGCUAAUGACAUUGAGACAGCAUUGAGGGAGGCUAAGGAGGAAAUAGGAUUGGACCCUUCACUUGUAAAUGUUGUUACUGUUCUUGAAUCCUUCACUACUAAGCGGGGGAUAUCAGUCGUUCCUGUUAUUGGUAUUAUGCAGGACAGAUACGCAUUUAAACCAGAUGCAAAUACUGCAGAAGUGGAAGAAAUAUUUGAUGCACCACUAGAGAUGUUUCUCAAGGACGAAAACAGAAGAGAAGUGGAGCUAGAAUGGAUGGGAGAAAAAUAUGCACUCCAUUUCUUUGAUCACAACUCAGAGAACAAGAAGUUUGUUAUAUGGGCUUUAACUGCUGGCAUUUUGAUAAGAGCUGCAUCAAUUGUAUAUCAACGGUUGCCAGCCUUUCAGGAGCGGAGGCCAAGUUUCUGGAAUAGAAGUGGCUUGUGAUAAUGUUAGUCUGUUAAAUUGAGUCUCAUUCUUUAUCAUUCUCCUAUUGUGGCAGUCUUUCUUACAGAACCCCCUGAGAUUAGAACAAGCAGAAUACACUUACUAACAUGCCAUUGCUCAAUAGUUUUUGGCUGAAUCAGCAGUGGCCUAAAUCGAUUCCCAUGGCUUGGUUUACAAGUAAGAUUUGUAAAAAUAUGGAUCUCGUAUAAGCUUAUAUUCCAUAAACUUACAUUCAUCAAAUUAAGCAAGCAUCAAUUUUCGUCAAUAAA